AUGGCCUCCCUAUACAACUCCCUCGCCGACCACUUAGGUGUCCCAUACUCGGACUUCCCAUCACCUCCACCCUCAGUCUCUCCCGCUCCAAGUCUUCACUACCCGGAGCACUCCAUCUCGCUCCACACGCCCUGGAGAGAUCUCGAUACCAUCCGACCGUCUGCCCCGUCACCUCCACCCCCAAUCCCGCGCAAGUCCUCCCGUAGAGAAUCCCUGGGCAUGCACUACCCCCCGAUCCGCCCACGUCUGUUCAGCGUCGCCUCUGUCGAAGACCUUGGACUGCCAAGUGAAGGCGCGCCUGUAAUGCCUACCUUCAUUCGCCGUCAUAGUCCUCUUGCGGAGCGACCGCCUGCCAGAAUAAUGUCUCGCGUCGACUCAGGCAUGUACCUCGGCACCUCUGCCGCGAAUAUCGGAUCUAGCUUAAGAUCGAGCUCGACCAGUAGCUCGUCGUCUAUGCGAUCUGUCGGAAGUAAUAAGUCUGCGUCAAGCUUCCAGAGUGCGAGCGAUACCUCUGCUUCGAGUGUGGAGAGUUCUAGUGAGGCGACAGAGUUGUGUCGCAAAGCGACUCUGCCGCGUUACACCCUGUCGGACCCGCCUAUAACGCUGCUUGAGUCGCCUCCUACUUCAAUAUCCGUAUCUACGACACAUGAAUCCGUGUCUGUAGUUGCAUCGCCUUCUUCAUUUUCCUCCCGUGUCAACCGUCUGGAUCAACAGGAGACCACACCUACCACCCCUCUUCAAUCGCCGUCCAGACGUACCUCCUCGUCACUGCCAACGACUUCACCAACAUCCUCUCCAAAGGCCUCACCUAGAGCCUCCCCAAGAGCCUCCCCAAUAUCCUCCCACCUCUCACCCUCAAGCACACCCCCAACAGCAAGCUCCAUACCAGCACGCCUACGCCACCACACCUCGCCCCAGAAACCUGACCUGCGCAGCCUGCGGACCCAGGACUCCGAAACCAGCCUGCAGCGCGUCUAUGAGGCGCAGACAGCCACGUAUCUAGAUGGCCCAGUCUUCACGCCCAGUCCAACCUGGAAGCCGCGAUACAGGCGCGUUGUGAGCGAGGGGAGUAGGCCGACGGAGAAACACAAGGAGAAGGAGAAGGAGAAGAGUACAGAGAGAGUGAAAGAGAGAGUAAAAGAGAUGGAGAAGGCCAUGGAGAGGACGAAGAGCGGCGACCAGCACCCAAAGGAAAGCGCCACGCUCAAAGCACCGCGUAAAUCCUCACUAUCAUCCUCAUCAUUAUCACCAUCAACAAUCACCCGCCCAGAACCAACCCUCACACGUAACCCCCGCCGCACAAACACCCCUCUCGCAUCCUCGCUCCGAAAACGAGAAGCAGCAGGCGAUAUCCUCCGUCCCGCGCUCCAGGGCUUCCUGACUACGCCGUCGGAGUUGGCGCAGAGGCCGCGCGGCAGAGUGAGGUCCAGUAUGGCGCGUGGAGAUGGGCUGCAGAGGAGAAGUGGGAGGCCGAGGGUGAGGUUUGAUGUUGAUGCUUGA